UGUACCGUUAUUGUGCGAAUCGUAAACAUCGUCGCGUUUGGUUUGUUGACCUGUUGACUGCACAGGGUCCAUUUCCAUAUUUUCAUUGAUUUAAUCCUCUUUGUAUAAUUUCUGUGUUUGCUCCAAAUUAUAAAAUUUGCCAUCAGAUAAAAGUGAAUCCAAAACGAAAUGGAUUUCGAGAAAAUUUGCCGCCUCUGUUGCAAGAGUAAAUGUCGACUAUACCCGAUUGAUACAUCCAAUGGUUCACUGGCGCAACUCUUCAGCGAUAUUUUGCGAAUACAGAUAUCAGCUGACGAUGGUUUGCCGCAACAAAUAUGUAAACAUUGUCUAUCUACGUUGACCAAAAUGCAGGAAGCAAUCGAGACCUUUCGAGACAACGAUCGUAUGCUACGGCAGCAACAAUGUGAGGAUAUAGUAAAUGUAGAUAUUAAGGAGGAAAUUUUUGAUACUGAAGAAAUUGAACAAGCCCCCAGCCACGAACUGCAAGUUACCAUCAUAGAAGAGGAAGGUAUAGUUCAGGUCCUUGAAGGUGACCAGGAAAUUGAUGAACCACAACCAGAUGACGAAACGGGUGAUGAAGAAUGGCUCCAAUCUGAACACGAAAAUCAGUCAGAUGACAAUUUCGAUGGCCAACAAGAAGCUAAGAAGCCUCGUCGUGAAAAGCAAGUAGAAAAGAGUGAUUUCGAGGCACAGAGCAUUCCGACUAAGCGAAAAUGUGGACGUCGUAGGACCCGGUUUGAUGAUCCGAAUCGUCCACGUUUAAAUGACUUCAAAUGCUACAUUUGUAAAAGUGGUUCAAUGGGUACGCCUGAAGCGUUGCUAGUUCACCUCGAUUCUCACUUGAAUGAACUACCUUACACUUGUAGUGAUUGCGUCUUGGAGACUGUUGUCAUCAACAAAGUUUCGACGCUAAACAUUCACAAGCGGAUGCACGAGAACCCGCACAAAUGCCCGCACUGUGAUAGGCGGUAUCAAGACAAAAAGGGCAUCGAUUUGCAUGUACAGAUAUAUCACCUCGGCGAAAACGCUCCCUGUCCGUCGCCCUGUGAACAGUGUGGCAAGGUUUGCUCUUCGAAAUCAUCUCUUAAACAACAUUUAAAAUUGCACACCAAUGGGGCCACCUGUGAGAUUUGUGGUAAAGUGUUCAUUGAGAAUCAUAAACUUCGUCUACAUAUUGAACGGAAACACGAGAAAAUAAAGAAAUUUGAAUGUCAUUUGUGCCAAAAAAAGCUAGCCUCUCUGGCCUCGGUCCAGGUACAUAUCAAGACUAUGCAUUCGACACAGGAAGUGAAGUGUGAAUACUGUGAUAAGAGCUAUCCUUCCGAGAUUUCCCUUCGUUAUCACCUGAAAAAACACGAGCGAGAUCCGAAUGGCAAGUUCUCGUCUGUUUGGAAAGACAACUACACCUUACUAGAUGCUGAAGAGGGCACCAAACCGGGAGAUAGACUAAAGAAAUGCAAUUUAUGUGGGCUGGUAGUCAAGUAUAUUUCGCAUCACAUGCGUACAGUGCAUUUUCCCAAAGAAUAUCGCUGCGAUCUGUGCGACGCAGUUUACAAAAGUAAAUAUUUAUUCCAAACUCAUGUUCAGGAGCAUGAGCACGGUAAGGCUAUCCAAUGCCCGAUAUGUGGAAAAGGAUGUUCAGAGAAAAAGAAUUUAAUUGCCCAUCUAAAAACGAAGAAACACCGCGAUCAUCCAUUGGCCAAAUCUCUCGACUGGCUCGGUGUUAAGCGAGCAUCUGGUACAGGAGUUCGAGUGCAAAAGAACGAUUCAGACAGUGAACAAUCGGUGUAUAGAACAAAAACGAUCACAGGAGACAGUGAUUGAGAUACUAGUAGAGUAAGGAUAUUAUUGCUAGAAAUGUAAUUUAACUCGUGUGAAACAGUUUGAGGACUGGAAAGCAUCGGUCCAUUUCAUCACAAAUAUGUUCUGCUACUGAUGCCGAUGCAAGCAUUACUCGGAGCAAUUGAGCCCGCUCUACAAGUUCAGUUGAAACGGACUCUUCUACAGGCAUAGUUCCUCGAUUAUAUUUAUGUUUUCCUGCAGGUAGCUGUUUGAUGACAUUCCGGAUGCGAUGAAAUAUCAUGCCAGUAUGAGCACCCUUUUCCUUGCCUCCGUUGCGCCAAAAGAAAAAUGACUAGCAUGAAAAUAAUUAUAAUUAUAUUAGAGAAAUUAAAUAAGCAUAGAAUAACAAACCUCAUCAGGAGCAGUUGGUGUGACUCGCGUAUUACUAAGUUGUGGAAAUAAUUUUACGAUUUGAACAGCUGCCGCAUGCUGUUGAUCAACAGAAGGAUACCUGCGCAUUUAGAGAUCAUUGGUUCGUUACUCCGAAAAAGACCAAAAAGAUUCCGUGAAAGAUUAAGUUCUAAAUUUCUUUAAAAAAAUCUAAAUGGUAAAAGUAUGAACGGUAUUUGAUUCGUAAUUCUUUGCAUGCUGGGACACAUCUAUUAUUUUCUGAAGAAAAUCGGUCAGUUUAUUACUGUUUUAAAAGUCUGUAAAUGUCUGGACCAGGCAUACGCAGAACUUUUUUUUAAUCACCGAUAUCAUACUUUUUGAUCUGCCUCUCGUUUCUUCUGCUGCAAAUUUUGUGCAUUGGACGUAUUCGGUCUAUCCACUCAUUGAAUAUUUACUAGAAGUAUAUGCUAGAAAAUGCAUGAAAAUUCUCGACAAACAUAUGAUUACGGCCUAAAAGCCAACUGUCAAAAUCCACUUUGAAUGGAAAUUCCGGACAAACCGUUACACUCCAAUCACAGAUGUUGGUAGUAAACGAAAGAGAAAAGUUUUCUCUUUCAUAAACUGUUGUGAGCUGUGUUCGACUAGUAACGGUUUGUCUGGAAUUUCCAUUCAAAGUGGAUUUUGACGGUUGGCUUUUAGGCCGUAAUCAUAUGUUCGUCGAGAAUUACAGCAAAAGAGACGGGAAUGAAAGUAUGCUAAUUCUGCAUAUUUUUGUUUCUCAGUGCAGCAAAUCUGUCCACAGUCUGUAAAUCUGGCAUCGCUGUUGCUCGAUUCAACGACAUUGCGGCUUAGUUAGACCCUUUGGUCGAUUUACGAUUGAACUGUAUAUGUAAACAAAUAAACACGCUCGCUAUAAACAGAAAUUGUAUACCUUUAAAUUCUGUUGGUUUAAAUGUUUAAGUUAUUAUAAUUCGUCGUCGUCGGUCGUCUUUAUAAUUUUGUGCCGGAACAUGACGAAUUACGCUUUCUAAGUACCACCGUCAAAGACGCAUGUACGUUCUUAUGCCGAAGUUUAUAAAUCGAACCAGAUUGAAGAUGUGUAAAGAAUGGUCAAUAUUGAAAUCAGGAUGCGAAGAACUGAUAACUAUGUGGUUUCCUCUAGCAGUUUGUACUGUGUUUCAUACAUUUCUUUAUAUUUAUAAUCAGAAGUGAAGUUGUUUGGCCGUGCUUCAUUACUAUGCAUACUUCAUAGUUUCAUAGGCUCAAUGAAGUAAUAAUGCAUGAUACUGAUUGACUACGAUGUUUUUUGAAAUAGAAGCUUCACAACGAAA